AGUGCAGGUCGGUGCAGUACCAGCAGACGUAGAGUCAAUGCGAGAGCAAGCACUCCUCCAACAACCGAUCACACUCCACAACUUCUGUCAUAGCAACAAAAAGAUCUUCCUAGUAGCCCUAUUUUGUAGCGCGCAAACAAGCACGAGAGCAAAAUAAAAUGUUGCCGUUGCGAACUGCAAGUCAAAACGUCGCCGUGCGCUCUUGUCGCGGCCCGUCGGGCCUGCGGUCGUCAUGGAAGGCGCGCCAGUUUGGGUCGCCUGGUGCUCGUUUUCCUGCCGAUCUGAAAAGUUUUACAGUCCUUCGAAACUAUUCCAGUGUCAAUGCCAUGACUUCUCGCAACAACUUGUUCUCCCACACAUCUACCUCAUUACCAUUAGCCGCCAAACGGAAACCGGCGACAACUUCUACUUCAGGAGUGGCGUCUACAACGGCAGCAGCGCCACACUUCGUCUUCGGGUGCGGGUUUUGGACCUCGGGCAAGAAUUUGCUUUCUAGAUCUAUCAGCUCAUCUGCCGCCGGAUGGAAAAGAUCUUUUGCCACACUGAAGGUAAAUGGGACGGCGGACUACGAGAAGCAGGUGAAGGAGAAUUCUAAUUAAGAAACGCAAAUUUCACGUACUGCAUGUACAUGACGAACAAGAUGAAGUAGAAAAUGUAAAUGCUAAUGCAUGACGAUGACCGCGGCACGAGAAAUGGCAAAUGAAGUAUAGAAAUCCAAAUUGAUCUGGCAUCCUGUAUCAAGUCAUUUGCAAGUGUAAAAAUGCUGACGAGCAGGCGAGGGAAGUAGCAGAAAAACUGUGUCAUGGUGCAAGAAGGUCUGCAACUUUUCUUGCGCGUGGACUAUUACGAGAAAUUGGUACCACUGGAUACCGCCCAGUCAGUGAUUGUAUCCUACUUCACCGCUGCGUGGUGCGGCCCCUGCCAGCGCGUCGCCCCCGAUGUGGAACAGCUGGGUGAGAAGUACAAAAUUUUGAAGAUCGACCUGGAUAGCAACGAAGAGCUCGCGGUGAAGAUGCGCAUUUCAGCGGUGCCGACCUUCUACGCAUUUUCGCAAAUUAUGUGUCUGGGAGUCUGGAAAGUUGUAAUGUUCGUAACGUACCUACGAGUAUCUCUCCAAGCACAUUGAGUUUACGAAAUUUUUCAAGAUCGGGCUGACACACUCUCUGCGAUACAGUUAUAGCAGAGCAGAAGUCCUGUCGUGAGACAACCAAGCGCAAGCAUGACGAGUCCCAGACCCAGGUCAAGAUUUGUGAAUUUCAUACCUUUGUGCUGCAAGACGGCAAGACACAGAUGGAACUGGACCGGAUCCAAGGCGCGAAUGUACCGCUGCUCAAGUCGAAGCUGGAGGAGCACAGUGAGGGGUGA